UCGAGCAGCGCACGUGUUUUGACUUUGUUGUUUUUCUGGUUGUGCGUUUUUCUUUUCGAUCGCAAAAUGUUUGCCAAAAAACAGAAAGUGGAACAGCAGCCUGAACAGAUGCUGGCCACGCCACAAACACUGCAAGCACGCCUCAUAUCCGACACAGGCGAGGAGGCGGGACCGCCCAUAGACCUGCCAGCGGGCAUCACAACACAACAGCUGGGCCUCAUCUGCAAUGCGCUGCUCAAGAAUGAAGAGGCGACGCCUUAUCUGUUCUUCGUGGGCGAGGAUGAGAUCAAAAAAUCGUUGGAGGAGACGCUAGAUUUGAGCACCGUCGACACGGAGAAUGUCAUUGAUAUUGUCUAUCAGCCACAGGCCGUAUUCAAAGUGCGUCCCGUGACGCGUUGCACCAGCUCCAUGCCGGGUCAUGCUGAGGCGAUCGUAUCGCUGCACUUUAGCCCCAAUGGCGUCCAUUUGGCCAGCGGCAGUGGCGAUACCACUGUCCGCCUCUGGGAUCUCAACACAGAGACGCCGCACUACACCUGCAGCGGCCACAAGCAGUGGGUGCUGUGCGUCGCCUGGGCACCGGAUGGGCAGCGUCUGGCAAGCGCUUGUAAGGCGGGCAAUAUUAUCAUUUGGGACCCGGAGACGGGUCAGCAGAAGGGUCGCACAUUGACAGGUCACAAGAAGCACAUCAAUGGGCUCAGCUGGGAGCCUUAUCAUCAGAAUCCCGAAUGCCGCAAGCUGGCAUCGGCGAGCAGCGACGGCGACUGCCGUAUCUGGGAUGUCAAGCUGGGUCAGUGUCUGCUCAACAUUGCGGGGCACACGAAUGCCGUUACGGCUGUGCGCUGGGGUGGCGCUGGCCUGAUCUACACCUCGUCCAAGGAUCGCACGGUCAAGAUGUGGCGCGCCGACGACGGCAUACUCUGCCGCACCUUCUCCGGCCAUGCGCAUUGGGUGAACAACAUUGCGCUCAGCACGGACUAUGUGCUGCGCACGGGACCCUUUCAGCCUGCCAAGGAUCGUCAGAUGGCGCAGAUCAGCGGAGAGCCUGAGGAAUUGCGUGCUGCUGCCCUGAAGCGCUUCCAGGCUGUUUGCCCGGAUGAAGUGGAGUCCCUGGUGUCCUGCUCCGACGACAACACCUUGUACUUGUGGCGCAACAAUCAGAACCAAUGCGUCAACCGUUUGACUGGCCAUCAGAAUGUGGUGAACGAUGUCAAGUAUUCGCCCGAUGUUAAGCUCAUUGCCUCCGCAUCCUUUGACAAAUCCGUGCGCCUCUGGCGUGCCCACGAUGGUCAGUUCAUAGCCACAUUCCGCGGUCAUGUGCAGGCUGUCUAUACGCUGGCCUGGUCGGCCGAUUCGCGUUUGAUUGUCUCCGGCAGCAAGGACUCCACGCUGAAGGUUUGGAGCGUGCAAAGCAAGAAGCUGGCGCAGGAGCUGCCUGGACAUGCGGACGAAGUGUUUGGCGUAGACUGGGCGCCCGAUGGCUCUCGUGUGGCGUCCGGCGGCAAGGACAAGGUGAUAAAGCUAUGGGCCCAUUGACGAGCAUGCUAUGUACAUAUAGAAUCGAUAUACACUUAUAUAUGUAUUUAAUUAAAGUUGGUACCCUGAA